AUGAGAGGUCCAAGCCCGGCUCUGUGGCUCUUCCUCGCCCUGCGCACCGCACUGAGCUUGGAGGUGCGAUGGUGCACCGUGUCCGAACCGGAACAGCAGAAGUGCAGCGACAUGAGCCAGGCUUUCCAGCACGCGGGCCUGCAGCCAGCGCUGCUGUGCGUGCUGGGCACCUCGGCCGAGCACUGCGUCCAGCUCAUCGCGGCCCAGGAGGCUGACGCCAUCACUCUGGACGGAGGAGCCAUUUACGAGGCGGGGAAGGAGUACCACCUGAAGCCCGUGGUGGGUGAAGUAUAUGACCAAGAGGUGGGCACCUCCUACUACGCCGUGGCCGUGGUCAGAAGGAGCUUCAACGUAACCAUCAACACCCUGAGAGGCGUGAAGUCCUGCCAUACAGGCAUCAACCGCACGGUGGGCUGGAACGUGCCCGUGGGCUUCCUGGUGGACAGCGGCCGACUCUCGGUGAUGGGCUGUGACGUGCUCAGAGCUGUCAGUGAGUACUUCGGGGGCAGCUGCGUCCCCGGAGCCAGAGAGACCAGCUACUCUGAGUCCCUCUGUCGCCUCUGCCGAGGUGACAGCUCCGGGGAGGGGACGUGUGACAAGAGCCCCCUGGAGCGGUACUACGACUACAGUGGGGCCUUCCGGUGCCUGGCAGAAGGGGCAGGAGAUGUGGCUUUUGUGAAGCACAGCACGGUGUUGGAGAACACAGAUGGGAGAACGCUGCCCUCCUGGGGCCGCCCACUCAUGUCACGGGACUUCCAGCUACUAUGCCGGGAUGGCAGCCGUGCCGAUGUCACGGAGUGGCGGCGAUGCCACCUGGCCCGGGUGCCGGCUCACGCUGUGGUGGUCCGAGCUGACAUGGAUGGAGGCCUCAUCUUCCGGCUUCUCAAUGAAGGGCAGCGUCUGUUCAGCCACGAGGACAGCAGCUUCCAGAUGUUCAGCUCGGAGGCCUACGGCCACAGGAACCUGUUAUUCAAGGACUCCACGACGGAGCUGGUGCCCAUCGCCACACAGACCUACGAGGCCUGGCUGGGCCGCGAGUACCUGCACGCCAUGAAGGGUCUGCUCUGUGACCCCAACAGACUGCCCCCAUACCUACGCUGGUGUGUGCUGUCCACCCCCGAGAUCCAGAAGUGCGGGGACAUGGCCGUGGCCUUCAGUCGUCAGAGGCUCAAGCCUGAGAUCCAGUGUGUGUCAGCUGAGUCACCCCAGCACUGCAUGGAGCAGAUCCAGGCUGGCCACAUCGACGCAGUGACGCUGAAAGGAGAGGACAUUCAUACGGCAGGAAGGAUGUAUGGGUUGAUCCCAGCUGCUGGGGAGCUGUACGCAGACGACGACAGAGGUAACUCAUACUUCGUGGUGGCGGUGGUCAAGCGUGACAGCUCCUACGCCUUCCCCCUGGACGAGCUGCGUGGGAAGCGCUCCUGCCAUCCCAGCUUUGGCAGCCUCGAGGGCUGGGACGUGCCCGUGGGCGCCCUCAUCCACAGGGGCUUCAUUCGGCCCCGGGGCUGUGACGUCCUCACAGCCGUGGGUCAGUUCUUUAACGCCAGCUGCGUGCCCGUGAACAAUGCCAAGGAGUAUCCUUCUUCACUGUGUGCACUCUGCGUGGGCGACGAGCUGGGCCGCCACAAAUGCAUCGGCAACAGCCAGGAGCGGUACUACGGUGACAGCGGUGCCUUCAGGUGUCUGGCAGAGGGUGCAGGGGACGUAGCCUUCGUGAAGCACACGACCGUCUUUGACAAUACCAAUGGCCACAAUUCUGAGCCCUGGGCCGCCCAUCUCAGGACACAGGACUACGAGCUGCUGUGUCCCAAUGGGGCACGGGCAGAGGUGCACCAGUUCGAGGCCUGCAACCUGGCCCGGAUACCAUCACACGCUAUCAUGGUGCGGCCUGACACCAACAUUUUCACUGUGUAUGGCCUGCUGGACAAGGCCCAGGACCUGUUUGGAGACGAUGGCAACAAUAACGGGUUCAGAAUGUUCGACUCCUCCAACUACCACGGUCAAGACCUGCUCUUUAAAGAUGACACAGUCCAGGUGGUGCCCGUGGGGCAGAAGACCACCUACCAGGACUGGCUGGGACCUGACUACGUGGCAGCGCUGGAAGGCAUGCUGUCCCAACAGUGCUCGGGAGCAGCUGCCAGUGCCCCAAGGGCUUCGCUGCUGCUGCUGCUGUCACUGCUGGCCCUGGCUAAUGGCCUCCUCCUGCCUUCCGUCUGA